AUUCUUGGCAGAAAGUACAGAAGUUUUCUUAUGGUUAUGGAGCAUGACUGCAAAUAAACAUCAUAUUCUUUCAGUUUCACUUCAGUCAAUAGCAUAUGAUCUAACGCUUGACAUUGCUAAAGAGAAGAUUUAUUGGCGUGUUUCAAACGGAACUAUUUUUUCUUAUGUUUACUACUCCCAAAAUGUAAUUGGUUUUGGAACUUCACGAGGUCCCAUGGCAGUAUUUGGGGAUUUCAUUUAUAUCAUGACUAGUGUUGGUCGAAGUGCCGUUAGUGUCCAUAACACAACAGAGCAACGUACGAGACGUAAAUAUUUUCUUCCUGUAAACAACGCUUAUCUUGAUUUGGCUGUAGCAAUACCCAGUAUCACUCAUGACGCCAAAGCGACAAGCACAUUUCACUUUCCUUUGUGUGGACCCAAAACAUACUAUCGUAAGAUUAAUGGAACAUUGAACUGCACGUGUAUGGAAGGAUACUCAGGAGAAUGUAACUCGUGCCAAGCAAGCUGUCCUUCUGAUUGGUUGCAUAUAGAAUCAUCUUGUUAUUUCUUCAGUGCAAAAACAGCAACAUGGGAUAAAGCAAGAAAACUUUGUCAACAGAAGGGAGGAAAUCUUGCUGUUCCAAAGAAUAAUGCUGAGAAUAAUGCCAUUUCCAGAAUUAUCUCAAGAAAACCCCUCAAAAGUCAUUUUAUUGGUUUGUAUCGCAAUAAAAGCGACAAUCAAUUCUACACAGUUCAAAAUGUAAAGCCCACUUUCGCAUUAUGGUAUCUUCGAGAACCUAAUAAUGUUGGUGGUGUAGAGGACUGUGUUGUAAUUGAUGACUUAUAUUAUAAAUCCAAUUGGAAUGUUGUUCGAUGUGUAAAGCACUUAAAAUUCAUCUGUCAACGCGAGAGACGUAAUUUAAACUAUAUCGGCGAAUGUCAGUCUUCUCCUUGUGGCAAAGAUCACUCAUGCAUAAAUAUCCCAGGCUCCUACGAAUGCCUAUGCUCCACUGGAUACAAACUUGACAAAUCCAAAAAGAUAUGUAUCAAUGUCGGCGAAUGUCAGUCUUCUCCUUGUGGCAAAGAUCACUCAUGCAUAAAUAUCCCAGGCUCCUACGAAUGCCUAUGCUCCACUGGAUACGAGCUUGACAAAUCCAAAAAGAAAUGUGUCGAUACCAACGAAUGCAAGUCUUCUCUAUGUGGAUUUUGUUACUUAUGCUAUAAUACCCCAGGCUCAUACUAUUGCAGAAGAAAUACAUGGGUUCCUUCUUGUUGCAUGAGAUGGAGCAAAACGUUUGAUUGUUAUGAAUGGUAAUGUUGCCAAAAAAUACGAAAAGGCAAUACAAAGGGUAUGAGGAAAGAUCCAAGUGAUGGGAAAUCAUGUCAAAGAAAUACACUAAAAACCUAAUUCUAAUUGAAGAUGCUUUUUGUAAAAUGUGUCGUGGAAAAUUUGAAAGUUUAUUUAGAAAAUGCUGUGUGUUUGACAUUUUUAUCCAUUGUUGAAAUGUAUCUGUAAUACAAAACUACGUGUAAACAAGUUGUAAUCAACAAUAUUAUCAUAUAAAGUAAAUGUACAUAUUAUCAUAAUCUAUAAAAAAAAAGUAAAAUGACGAAGUUUUAUUUCUGCUAAGAACAAAAUAUUAUUGACAAAUCAAA